AUGCGCCUCUCGAGCGUACGACUGCACGCCAAUGCCAUCUUGCCCCGCCGGACGUCCUCUGCCCUUGUGCGUCACCACAGAGCCGCACUCCGGGGGGUGGCCCGGUCUGGGAUAGUCCAGAAGUCCCGAUUCAAUUCCUCCCUCUCAAUUCAAAAGGAGAGGCCAUUUGAGGAUGGCCAUCAUUUACACGUUAGCGAGGCGCCACCACGACCGACCACCCAAGAGCGUCCAAACUCGCCUUUAGAGCAAUACUACAAGCUCGUAGAGUCUGGGACACUACGAGGAGACGACCACCAAGAGCGUAUAAUCGGGAAGCUUCAAAGACUCCAUGAUGACCUCUUACACUAUGAGCCGCAUAAUAUCGCACACACCCCGGCCUCCAAUUCGCUGAUCUCGCGCCUCUUCACAAGACAGCUUGGAGCCGCGCCUGUCACCGCCCCCACGAAUGCGCCGAAGGGCCUCUACCUGUACGGCGACGUCGGCACUGGCAAGACCAUGCUCAUGGACCUCUUCUACCACACUCUACCACCGCACAUCAAGCGCAAGCGAAGAGUGCACUUCCAUGCGUUCAUGAUCGAUGUGCACAAACGCGUGCACGCGAUGAAGGCGAAGCUCGGUGCACGAGGAGGCGACCCCAUCGAGCCUGUAGCGCGGGAUUUGGCGCAGGAGGCGUAUGUGCUGUGUUUCGACGAGUUUCAGGUUACCGACAUCGCAGAUGCGAUGAUUCUGCGACAGCUGUUUGAGAAGCUAAUGAACUUUGGGGUCGUAUCCGUCAUCACUUCAAAUCGACACCCAGACGAGCUCUACAAGAAUGGCAUUCAGCGCCAGAGCUUCGUACCGUGCAUCGAGAUUCUGAAAGAGCGGUUCGAGGUCACAGAUCUUGACUCGGGAACAGAUUAUCGCCGCAUUCCCCGAACAUUGUCGCACGUGUACUACGACCCCCUGACGCCCGAGAACCAGGCCGAGUUCGAGAAGCUGUUCAAGGCAUUCGCAUCGCACGACAACGAGCCAAUCACCCGCAACCGCAAGCUGCAUGUCUGGGGCCGCGAGGUUGCUGUACCACAGAGCACGCGUACCGUCGCGAAGUUUGGCUUCCUAGACCUGUGCGGGAAGCCGAUGAGCGCAGCGGAUUACAUCGAGAUCACGAAGACCUUUGGCACUAUUUUUGUGACGGACGUCCCGAAGAUGGGUUUGAGUCAGAAGGACAUGGCGAGGAGAUUCAUCACGUUCAUUGAUGCUUGCUACGAGAACAAGACCAAGCUCUUCAUCUCUUCCGAGGUGCCCAUCUUCCAGAUCUUCUCGAACGACCCCAACGCGAAGGGCGAAGACAUCUCCGACCACAUGCGAAGUGUCAUGGAUGAUCUGGGCAUUUCCAGCGACAUCAUCGGCGCGAGCUCGAUGUUCACAGGAGACGAGGAGUUGUUCGCGUUCGCGCGCUGUUGUUCCCGUCUCGUGCAGAUGGGCAGUAAGGAGUGGGCCGAGACGGCCGGUGUGCAGUGAUCGCCUCGGGCAGGACGAAGACGUAUCUGGGAGUCUCAUAUGGUACCUUGCUUGGAUGCUUGGAUCUAGUCUGUGGGGAUUGUUGGGCUAGCCCCAGACCGUGCUUUGGAUAUCUACACGCUAUUGUGCUCCUAUAUCUUACAUUACUUGUUGUAUACUUACUGCUCGGUUCUCUACGCUACGGGGGAAGACACUUAUCAUCGUGUCGGACUUCCAUGGCCAGGGCUCAUUCGUAUGAACUUAAACUUUGAUUAGAAACGAUAAGUUGCGCAGCGUUUUCUGAACCAUCUUUCAUACAUAUCGGGCUUGAAC